ACAAAGGGAAGAAAUAAAGACGAAGACUUUCUCAGAGAAAGAGAAGAACUGUCGCCAUUGAUGAGUAUCGAAGCUUUUUCCCGCGAAAGUUAAACUUACCCAUUUCAUUUCCGAAUCGCAUAUUUAGAGUCCUUUCAACGCUUUCUUUUCUAUAUCUAAAUAGCUCUACGUUUCUUCACUCUCAAUCGUUGAAAAGUUUUGAAAUUCUCCCACAUUUUUCUUUUCGUGAUUGGCUUCCUAGAAAAAAAAGGAGCUGGUUAAUUCGGAAGUUGCUUCGAACCCAAAUAAACGGCAAAUGCGCGUGACUCGUACAUUUCACUAGUCAAAACUCUGAGAUCCCAUCUUGUUCCUUCGUUCAAAGUUUUCGUAUAUUCACUUCUAUUAUAUUAAAAACAAAACAACGAAGUAUGGAACCAUUCUAUAGGUAUUUUAUUCGUCUCUUAAGUCUUCUAGAACCUGUUUCGAUUGUAUUUAUGGGUUCGAGGUUGAACAAGAGAUAUUAGAUUUUCUGGGUUACUUUGCUUUUGGGCGGAGAUUACACUUUUUCACAGUUAUGGUUUCUUAUAUUAAAAUAAGGGUAGGUGGGUCGUAGGUAUAUAUCUUAAACGCUUACAUUGUCUGAACUAGUUUGACUCUCUUGUUCAUUUUCUUCAGGCUUUGAUCUCUCUCUCUCCCCCAAAACUUUCUCUUUUCCAUAUAUAUACAAAAAAAGAAAAAGAAAUACAUACACAUAUAUUAUUAUUAUCCCCCCAGAUUUCUUUCAUCCUAAAUUCUUUUUAGCUUAUUUUAGUUGGUUUGGAGCUUUUGGGUGUGCUCAUAAAAUUUCCUUUUUGGUGUUUGUGUUCAAAGGCUUGAAUUGUUGUGAAGUUCUAGUGGUGUAUUGGAAGAAAUAGUAAUCAGUAGAGCUUUCUACUUUAUACUAAUCAUAACUUGUUCUAGUGCUUUUUACCCUAUAUCUUUUUGGGUUGCUAAUUCUUGAAGAGAGGUACAUUAGUUGGUGAGAAUAGGCACCUGGAAGGAUAUAAAUAAAGUUUGGGCAAGUGGGUUUGUCUUAGUUUUUUGGUAUUGGGGGAGACAAAAUGAGGGGUGGCAGACGGAGGAAGCUGCAUUUCAGCAAGAUCUACUCAUUUACAUGCGGGAAAGCAUCUUUCAAAGAAGACCAUUCACAGAUUGGGGGACCAGGCUUUUCCAGGGUGGUUUACUGCAACGAUCCAGAUUGCUUCGAGGCCGGAAUUCGUCAUUAUAGUGACAAUUAUGUUAGAACCACAAAGUAUACACUUGCCACUUUCUUACCCAAAUCAUUGUUUGAGCAAUUCAGGAGAGUGGCGAAUUUUUACUUUUUGGUCACUGGGAUUUUGGCUUUUACUCCACUGGCUCCUUACACGGCUGUCAGUGCUAUUGCCCCUUUGAUGGUCAUCGUUGGGGCGACUAUGAUUAAGGAAGGUGUCGAGGACUGGCAAAGAAACAAGCAGGAUAAUGAGGUGAACAAUAGAAAUGUCAAAGUGAGAAAACAAGAUGGUACAUUUGAUUAUACUGAAUGGAAAAAUCUGAAAGUGGGAGAUGUAGUGAAGGUGGAAAAAAAUGAGUUCUUUCCGGCAGACCUCCUCUUGCUCUCAUCCAGCUAUGAAGAUUCAAUUUGUUAUGUUGAGACCAUGAACCUUGAUGGAGAGACGAAUUUAAAAUUAAAGCAAGCUUUAGAGGUAACUUCAUUCUUACAUGAUGAUUCUAACUUCCAGGAUUUUAAAGCUGUUGUUAAAUGUGAAGAUCCAAAUGCAAAUUUGUACUCAUUUGUUGGAACUUUGGACUUUAAAGAGGAGCCCCAUGCACUUUCUCCUCAACAACUUCUUCUCAGAGACUCUAAACUCCGAAAUACAGACUACAUAUAUGGGGUUGUUGUUUUCACUGGUCAUGACACAAAGGUUAUUCAAAAUUCUACUGACCCCCCUUCAAAGAGAAGCAAAGUUGAACGGAAAAUGGACCAAAUUAUCUACUUUUUGUUCGCUCUUUUAUUUUUUAUGGCUACUGUUGGAUCUAUUAUCUUUGGUAUUAUUACUAAAGAUGACUUAGAGGGUGGAACGAUAAAAAGAUGGUAUCUAAAGCCAGAGAAUUCUACAAUUUUCUUUGAUCCUAAGAGAGCACCUUCUGCAGCAAUUUAUCACUUUCUGUCAGCCCUGAUGUUAUAUGGGACAUUCAUCCCGAUAUCUUUGUAUGUCUCAAUCGAAAUUGUCAAAGUUCUUCAGACCAUCUUUAUUAACCAAGAUAUUCACAUGUACUAUGAAGAAGCUGACAAACCAGCUCAUGCGCGUACAUCAAAUUUGAAUGAAGAACUUGGUCAAGUUGACACCAUACUUUCUGAUAAGACUGGUACCUUAACAUGCAAUUCAAUGGAGUUCAUCAAGUGUACUGUGGCUGGAACAGCUUACGGCCGUGGUUUCUCAGAGGUUGAGAAGGCUAUGGAUAAAAGAAUUGGUUCACCUUUGAUUGAAGAAAAUAUUAAGGUUUGGAAACAUUCAGAGGAUUCUGCUGACAAAAAGGUGCCUGUCAAAGGCUUCAAUUUUAAGGACGAAAGGAUCAUGAAUGGGAGCUGGGUAAACGAGCCACAUGCAGAUGUUAUUCAGACUUUUCUUCGUGUAUUGGCAAUUUGCCAUACAGCAGUACCGGAGGUGGAUGAAGAUACUGAGAAGAUUACAUAUGAGGCUGAAUCACCUGAUGAAGCAGCAUUCGUAAUUGCAGCAAGAGAACUGGGUUUUGAAUUUUACAAAAGAACACAGACUAGCAUAUCAAUAUAUGAGUUAGAUCAAGACUCUGGCCAGAAGGUUGAAAGGGUAUAUGAACUUCUGAAUGUUUUAGAGUUCAACAGUGCAAGGAAACGGAUGUCUGUGAUAGUAAGAAAUGAGGAAGGAAAGAUAAUACUAUUUUGUAAAGGUGCUGACAGUGUGAUGUUUGAAAGGCUAGCCAGUAAUGGUAGGAAGUAUGAAGAAUUAACCAUGGAGCAUGUUAACGAGUAUGCUGAGGAAGGGCUUCGGACUCUGAUACUAGCCUAUCGUGAACUUGAUGAACAAGAGUAUAGACAAUUAGAAGAGAAAUUUUUAAUGGCCAAAAGUUCAGUUAGCGCAGAUCGGGAAGCAUUGAUUGAUGAAGUAGCUGAGAAUUUUGAGAGGGAUUUAAUUCUUCUUGGGGCGACUGCUGUUGAAGACAAACUUCAAAAUGGGGUUCCUGAUUGCAUUGACAAACUUGCUCAAGCUGGAAUAAAGAUUUGGGUUUUAACCGGGGACAAGAUGGAGACUGCCAUUAAUAUUGGUUUCGCUUGUAGUUUGCUUCGACAAGAAAUGAAACAGAUUAUAAUUAAUUUGGAUACUCCAGACAUUCUAGCACUGGAAAAGGCAGGAGAAAAGACUGCAACUGCAAAGGCGUCAAAGGAAAGUGUUCUUCGCCAGAUAAAAGAUGGGAAAGCACAAAUAACUGCAGCAAGCAUUGGACUUGGUUCUGUGGCAUUUGCUUUAAUCAUUGAUGGGAAAUCACUUGCUUAUGCUUUGGAGGAUGAUAUGAAGAAACUGUUUCUAGAGCUUGCCACUGCUUGUGCAUCUGUUAUCUGUUGUCGUUCAUCACCAAAACAGAAAGCACUGGUUACAAGACUUGUGAAAUCUGGAACUGGAAAAACAACACUAGCCAUUGGUGAUGGUGCUAAUGAUGUGGGAAUGCUUCAAGAAGCAGAUAUUGGGAUUGGAAUCAGUGGAGUUGAGGGAAUGCAGGCAGUCAUGUCAAGUGAUAUUUCAAUUGCACAGUUCAGAUAUUUGGAGCGUUUGCUUCUUGUGCAUGGACAUUGGUGUUAUAGACGGAUUUCAUCUAUGAUAUGCUAUUUCUUCUACAAGAAUAUUACAUUUGGUUUCACUCUCUUCUUAUAUGAGGCACACGCAUCAUUUUCUGGGCAACCUGCAUACAAUGAUUGGUUUUUGUCACUUUAUAAUGUUUUCUUCUCAUCACUUCCCGUUGUUGCUUUGGGAGUCUUUGACCAAGAUGUAUCUGCACUGAUUUGUCUCAAGUUUCCUCUAUUAUACCAAGAAGGGGUGCAGAAUGUCCUCUUCAGCUGGCGCCGAAUACUGACCUGGAUGUUGAAUGGUUUAGUAAGCGCUGUGAUCAUUUUCUACUUCUGUACCAAAUCAUUGGAGCUGCAAGCAUUUAACGAGGAAGGAAUGACUGCUGGGAGAGAUAUCUUAGGGGCAACACUUUAUACAUGCAUUGUCUGGGUAGUGAAUUUGCAGAUGGCAGUGGCUAUAUCUUACUUCACUCUGAUACAACAUAUUUUCAUAUGGGGUUCUAUAGCUUUCUGGUACAUUUUCCUCCUAAUAUAUGGAGCCAUGUCUCCCAACUUCGCCACCACUGCAUACAAAAUCUUUGUCGAAACUCUUGCCCCAACUCCUUCCUACUGGCUUGUCACACUCUUUGUGGUGAUCUCAGCUCUAAUUCCAUACUUCACAUACUCUGCAAUACAGAUGCGCUUCUUCCCCAUGUAUCAUGGAUUGAUACAAUGGACAAGGCAUGGGCAAUCAAAUGAUCCUGAGUACUACCAUAUGGUUCAACAGAGAUCGUUAAGACCCACCUCAGUUGGUUUCACGGCCCGGUUGGAGGCAAAGAGUAACAGCAGUAAAAGCAAUAAAAGCAUAACUAAAAACCUCGCAUGAAACUUAUGGUUGGGUGUGAAGGACAAUAGCUUAUAGGUCAGGGAAUCCCUUUAGAAUUUUACUUCCCUCAUCUUAUAGUUGCUAGAUGAUUAUGAUUAUGUACAGUACUGUAGCAUAUGUUAGAUGGUUAGGAAACUAGGAAUAUCUUGUAAAGUUAAUUCUUUUUGCCUUUUUGGGCUGCAAAUUUGUGUUACUAUUGGCCAUGCAUUUUUGUAUCACUGCCGAAAUGUAUGUAAUAUAGAAAUGAGAAAUUCACAGUUAGAAUAUCAUAAGUGUUGCAUUUCUUUGACAAUAAAAAGAAACGUUUUUCCAUUGGUGUUCA